AUCGAGAUAAUAUAUAUCAUUCAUCUUUACGUAGGACCGAGUGUAUUUUUGUAAUUAUGGAAAACAUAAUUAAUAACGACGAAGGUAUUAAAAAAGAGCAACUACGAUGUUUCGUUUGUGACAUCAAUGUUCAGGGACGCUAUUACUACCUGGCUACAUGCAGAACACAAAGUUCGCGAUCAAAAGUGAUCGAGAUACUCGGGGAGUUAGUCGGCGAAAGAUAUAUGGUCGUGAUAUCUGAAGACGACGUGAUCUGCCGUAGUUGCGCCAGUCAUAUAAAUACUCUCGACAGGCUAGAGAUGGAAAUGCGCAACGUUCGGAAUCAUGUUUUACGAUUUCUAGAGCGAAAAUAUUGCUUGGAAGAAGGUGAACUUUUAGGCAAUAGUGAUAGACCCAAACCGAGUCAUCCACCACAAAUCACAAAGUGCAACACCACAGAGAUUAUUGAUAGCUGCAUCAAACGCAACAACGUUGACUCUGAGAUAUAUUUAUACAACAGGAAUCAGGAGAAAGAACAACAGCAGUUGAAGCAGUCUCAUGCGCGACUGCAAUGUGAUAAAUGUAAAUAUACUACGAAUCUCAACUCGUUUAUGAUGCAUCAUAUAAGGGACUAUAUGAAACAAAAGAUAUUCUGUAAUAAAUGUGGAUUAUGUGCUUCUGAAAGUAAGGAGGAAAUAUUGCCCAAUUCUAAGACAAUUGUAGAGCAGUUGGGAGGCAAUUGUGAGAAAGAUCAUUCUCAAAUUACCAGUGACAAUUUCAUAGACUUGUCACUUUUUCACAAGAUGACACAACUUUUACCAGUUCAAGCAACACAGAAUACUCAAUUACCACUGAUAAAUGCAUCAAAUUAUGAAUAUAUUUCCAGUAUAUUAUUACCAGAAGGUAAUCUUCCUUCAUCCUCUCAGCAACAGACUCUCUUUCUUCAUGCAAUGGAAAUGGACAAUGUCGAAAUGGACAUUUCGAAUGAAAAAAUAACGAGGAUAUCAGAGAAAGCGUAAAGAAAAGAAAGCAGAGAACAAUUGGAUAAUAUUUCAAUAAUUCAAGUUGUAAACAUUGCAAACAUUUAUUCACGUUUUUGUAUUUCAUGUUACGAUUGCGUACGACUAACGUCGCGAUACUAUGUAAAAGAUUGUCAACGUGUUGGCUCAUCAUGUAAAAUAAUUGCCAUUAUAAUAGCGGUAGAUUUUUAUUUUUUCAUGAAAGGUCGAUAGUAUAUAUAUUCGAUUAUCGAUAAUUCGACUGUCGAUGUGCAUUCUCUUAAAAAAUUGCUUAUCUGCGAAAGAGGGCGGGUAUAUUCUCACUGGCUUG